UGAAAAGCAGGCAUUAAGAGAUCUGUUUCCUGUUGUAAAGAGCUUUAGAAGAAACUGCACGGGAAUGCCAGAGAAUAGGAAAGAUACUACAGAGUUAAUCCAUAAGUAUUUCCCACCGGAAAUCAUGCAGUCAGGUGUAUGUAUAUAUAACACUGGGUGAUAUAACAUUGCGCAAGGAAAAAGCGAGAGAUAUGAAAAACCAAGAGUGUCUACAGAAGUUGUUUCCAGAACAAUAGGAAAUAGAAGUUUUGCUAUACUUGUCGGUCUAAUUACGAUACUAUCCAUACGACUGGAUUAGAAUCAUUGGUGAAUCCGUGAAUGAUUAUGUGAACUAAUGUUGUGACAAUAAUAAGAUAUCCAGAACGCGGAAGUGAGUGUAUAGGCUAUAUAUAUGUAGACCAUAUAGCUCGAAGAAAUAUCGCCUAUUAAAAAACAUGCAACGAUAAACAUUCAUCAAGACAAGACAAUUACAACCAGAGGAUAAUGGCUGAGCCUGAGGGAAUAUGUACCUGCUGCAAAGGCAAGACAACAGACAUGCCGUCAAUCUUAUUCAUCGUUGCGCAAAAAAUCAGCACCGACUGGAAACAUUUGGGAAGAAAGUUGGGACUCAACGAAUGCGAGAUCAAUGCGAUAGAGGCUGAUAAUAAUAGCACGUGCGAAAAAGCUUAUCAAGUUUUGAACAAAUGGUUUGAAAAAAAUGGUGAAGCUGUUGCCACAAAAGUAGCAUUAUGCAAAGCUCUACAUGGAAUUGGAAAGACGUCUAUUGCGGAUAUCUUUUGUGAUCAUAAGCGUCAUGAAAAUUACAAACAGCAGGAUGAGCAAAAAUCGGGACAUUGUAAUGGAAUCAUUCAGCAACAAUCAACAACUAGUACGGAUGUUCUUCAAAUGUACGUGGAUCAACUCAGAUGGCUGGAUGAACUAGUCCAGAAGAUAGACACUGAGGCACUGAAAACGUUUUGUGAAAGAAGACAUAAAGAAAUUUUAGAAGAAAUGAUAUCGAUUCUGAAUGAGAGAAAAAGCCAACCACAGUCGACAAAUUCGAAGAAGCAACGUCCCUUAUCUUCAUUUUUGCCGCGAUGUUCAAGUGAAGUUCACCUGCAGCCAAGGUUUUACACCUUCAGCGAAGGACAGAGUAAGGACGACUUUCCAGAGAUGCAAUUUAUUCUGUGUUGUGAAAACUGUGUUAAUCGCUUAAGAUUCGAACUGGAAAAGCCUUUAACUAAAAAAGAAAGUUUAAAGGACGAGACCCCAUCACAUAGACUGCGUUGUUACGCUAUGUGUUCCCAAUGCUGUGCAUAUUUUGUACAUGCAAAACUUCAGGAUUCAAAAACAAAGCCAAGCUCUGAAGAAACCAAGGACAACAACAGCAGUGAUGAAAAUAAUAAUACAAAGUUAUAAAAUGCUUUGAUACAUCCAUAAACUGUAGCUCACUAGCUCCUGUGCUUGAAUCACAAAAAGAAUCAAUGAAAAUAAUUAGAAUUGCAGAUAGGGUAUUAUUGUAGAUAGUUGAGAUGUAUAGAUGCGAGAUUUUUAAAUUAAUUUUUAUACUUAUUGAAGGAAACAUGUAAUAUAUGUAGUAUAUACACAUAUAAAGUAUAUAUGAAUUUCGAUAGAGGUUAAAUGUAUAAUAUUGUAUUUAUUGAUGGACAUAUAUCUUAUUUUUCUAGUAAUUCUAAGUUAUUAGGAAUCAUAAUGUGUAAGAAGUCCUGCGGCAUAGUAAGAGUAUAUAAAAUCAUCGCGAUGCUUGAAGUCAUGAAGAAGUGUCCUACUUUAUUAUGUGAUAUUUUACAGGUUUCUGCUACUUUGUCUGAGUAGGAAAUCUAAGACAGGCAAAUAGACCAAUAUCUAUCAAGUUUUACAUCACUCAAGUGGUGGAAACCUUUGCGAGCGAUGGACGCUAUUGGAACAAAACAUGCAAACAUAAUUUGCAAUUUGUAUAAGUUGCAUUUUGUGUCAGAAACGAACAUUUGAGGCAACGAAUAGAACAGUUCCAAAAAGAAACACAGGAUAUUGUAGUGUUGACAAAUCAUAGCUUUUUAAAUUAGUGCCAUCAAAAUGCCGAAAUAUUAGUUGAUGUAUACUAUAUAUGUAUUGGCAGGAUAAUAAUGUAGCAAUAUACAGCGAUAUUUGCUCUACAGUUUGUACCGAUUUUGACGGCAUAGAUUAAUAAAAGUUAAUUAUA